AUGAAACUGAGUGUAUUAGCAGGUUGGAGUGUGCUAGUUGCCAGCUGUUGGGCCCAUGAUGCUGGGAUGAUGGCUGGUGACACAGAUGAAGAGUCAGAAGUGAUGGCGGACGAGAUGCCGAUGACGAUGGGCGGUAACGACACAAUAGUGCCUGUCCCGUAUGAGCCUAAGCACGUACAUGGGCUUCCUAUAUUGGAACGUCCCGGUCUGACUGCUGCUGAGAGGUUGUAUUGGGAGAACUACAAUACUACUACUUAUUUCACGUCUGAGGAGGGCGCUCGGGGUGCUUUGAGGUACCAUGUGGGCAGUUUAGCGGUUGUUGUGGUGUUUUUGUACCCUGUGUGCUUGGCUCUGAAUAGCAUUAGCUCUGCUUGGUUUUUGCCUGCUCUUUUUGUCAAUUUGGUUUUGGCUGUUUCAUCGUUGGUGUCACUCGGAGUUUUCUCUGCUAGUUUCCCUCACGAUUGGUACCCAAAUAAUGCUUAUCGGAAGACUUCGUGGAUCUUAUUUGUGCUCUUGAUAGUACAUUUCGUCUCUGCAGUGAUUUUCAAGGCUUCAAGAUGGUUUAUUGGUGAUGAUAUUGAUGCCGAGCAUAAUACGUUUAUACCGCUUAAUGAGUAUACGGAGGAGGGGAAUUCAACUCCUCAUUCUUUUCCUGAGGAUUCACUUUCGGAGAAUAGCCAUUCGUUGAAUAAUCAUGCUCCUAAGGACUCUUUUGAAUCUUUUUCGGGGCGGUUCCAAAGUCGAAGCUCUGCUAGACGUGACUCCCUGUUGACUAGAGUAUUUUCGAAUGAAAUUGUACGUAUUUUCACUCGAAAGUUCGGUACGUUUGCAUGCGUUGUGUUUAAUGUGCUGAAUUAUCCGCUGCUCAUGUAUAUGUUCGUUGAUGUAGCCAUUGGUAUUGCUGUGGGUAAUUUGCUCGGCAAGGGAAUUCGUAUCUUCAAUUUACUAGCCCAUUGGAUCAAGGGAGGUGUAUUUGUAUGCUUGGGUUUGCUGACGCUGGCAAGGUAUUGUGGUUUUGGUAGGAAAAACGGUUGGGCAUGGAAUAAGGUGAUCAUCACUAAGGAAGAGCUUAACAAUCAAAGACCCACUUUUAUACAAAGACUUUCUCCCAGAGGUAUGAUUACCAUGGAAGGAUUAGAAUCAUUUCUAAUUUUCUUUUAUGGUUCGACGAAUGUCUUCUUAGAGCAUCUAGCUGGCGCAGGUGGUGCAUGGACUGCCAAGGAUCUGCAACAUGUUUCAAUCGCAUUCAUGUACAUCGGCUCUGGGUUAUGUGGUCUGAUAUCCGAGAUUAAACUGAACCUAUGGAAGUUCAACCACGCUAUGCAACAUUCAGACGAAUUGUCAGCAGAGGACGUAUAUGCUGGGACUCCAGGUUACUCUCCAAAUCCUUUCCCUACAUUCACGAUCUUUUGGNUNACCGGUAUUUUGAUGUCUCAACACGCCCAGGCCUCUGAGACUUCGACCACGAUUCACGUUCAGUGGGGUUACUUGCUAUCGUAUGGAUCGUUCUUCAGACUGUUGACCUUUGUGCUAUUAUUUUUGGUUCCAAACAAGAAUUUCGAGCCUUCUAAACCGUUUACCGAACUUAUCAGUGCUUUUUGUUUGCUAUGUGGUGGCCUGAUAUUCAUGGAGUCCACCGACCAAGUCAUCGAGGCCAUGGAGUACCGUGGAUUUACGCCAAUGUUUAGUUUCAACAUCAGUGUCGGUGUCAUCGCGCUGCUCAUGGCGUGGGAAAUGGCGUUGUUUUUAUGGAAGAACUGGUUACAAGAUAGAAUGGAGCAAAGAUUGAGGUGA